AUGGGCUUUGGCAACUUUGCAUCAAUUUGUUCCAAGACACCGCUGCCAUUGUGCUCGGUGGUCAAAUCAUCGACACAUUUGCUCCUCAGUGAUGACAAAACCGUACACGAUUUUGAUCCAAGCGGCCUUACAAUGGGUAUUUUGCCUCGAUGCUAUGCACGUUCCAUUGAUGUGGCAAACACGGUAGUCUUCCAAAUCGGUAACGCCUUUGUUAAUAUUGGUGCUUUGGGAGUAAUUCUCUUCAUGAUUUACUCCACACGCAAGAAAUAUACUGCAAUUGGCAGAUCCGAGUACAGUUUUCUGUUCGAACUGUGUCUGGGUCUUAUCGUGUUCACCCUUGUGGUCGAUUGUGGGGUGUCUCCGCCCGGUUCGGCAUCAUACCCGUAUUUCGUGGCAGUUCAGAUAGCAUUCGCGGGCGCCUGCUGCUGGACAAUGGCUGUGUUAGGAUUUCUCGGGUUCCGGUUCUGGGAAGACGGUACUCACAAAUCGAUGGCUUUGACAAGAGGCUCCGCUUUCAUCGGCUUCGUGGUUAACUUUCUCGUUGCCAUUUUCUCGUUUCAAGCAUGGAAGUCCUCUUCCACGUUCACCAGCUCCAAUACUAUGGGUCUUUUCAUCGUCAUGUAUGUGCUAAACGCUCUGGCACUAGUAUGUUACAUUAUCUGUCAGCUGCUGGUAUCAUUUUUCGUGAUCAGUAACUUUUGGGCUGCAGGUGCUGUGCUACUCGGCGUUUUCUUCCUGUUUGCCGGCCAGCUUAUCAUUUAUGCAUUUUCUGCCGCAAUUUGCACCGGUGUGAAGCAUUACAUUGACGGGCUCUUUUUCGGUAGUCUCUGCAACAUUUUUGCCCUAAUGAUGGUGUAUAAAACAUGGGAUAUGACCACGGAUGACGAUCUCGAGUUCAGCGUUAGCGUUCACAAAGGUAACAACCAAGAGGUAAACCAUAUGCUAAGCUACAAUUUCUGA